CGGGGCUGGCUGGGAGACUGGUGGCUUGGGGAUAAAUGCUCAGCCUCAGAGGGGUUGAGCUGACAUUGCCCUAGGUGCCACCUAGACUCGGAGCUCCAUCUAAAACCCCAGGGAAGACCUCCCAGCCAUGGCCAUGCAGAAAAUCUUUGCCCGAGAAAUCCUGGACUCCAGGGGCAACCCCACAGUGGAGGUGGACCUGCACACGGCAAAGGGCCGAUUCCGAGCAGCUGUGCCCAGUGGUGCUUCCACAGGUAUCUAUGAAGCUCUGGAACUAAGAGAUGGAGAUAAAUCUCGUUACCUGGGGAAAGGAGUGCUGAAGGCUGUGGAGCACAUCAAUAAGACUCUGGGCCCUGCUCUGCUGGAAAAGAAACUAAGCGUUGUGGAUCAAGAAAAAGUUGACAAAUUUAUGAUUGAGCUGGAUGGGACAGAGAAUAAGUCGAAGUUUGGGGCCAAUGCCAUCCUGGGUGUGUCCUUGGCUGUGUGUAAGGCCGGAGCAGCUGAGAAGGGGGUCCCGCUCUACCGGCAUAUUGCGGACCUUGCAGGGAAUCCUGACCUCAUCCUCCCAGUGCCUGCCUUCAAUGUGAUCAAUGGAGGCUCCCAUGCUGGAAACAAGCUGGCCAUGCAGGAGUUCAUGAUUCUGCCCGUGGGAGCCAGCUCCUUCAAGGAAGCUAUGCGAAUUGGCGCUGAGGUCUACCACCACCUUAAGGGGGUCAUCAAGGCCAAGUAUGGGAAGGAUGCCACCAAUGUGGGGGAUGAGGGCGGCUUUGCACCCAACAUCUUGGAGAACAAUGAAGCCCUGGAACUGCUGAAGACGGCCAUACAGGCAGCUGGUUACCCAGACAAGGUGGUGAUUGGAAUGGAUGUGGCAGCAUCUGAAUUCUUUCGCAAUGGGAAGUAUGAUCUUGACUUCAAGUCACCUGACGAUCCUGCCCGGCACAUCACUGGGGAGAAGCUUGGGGAGUUGUACAAGAGCUUCAUCAAGAACUAUCCUGUGGUCUCCAUUGAGGACCCCUUUGAUCAGGAUGACUGGGCCACGUGGACCUCGUUCCUCUCGGGGGUAGGUAUCCAGAUUGUGGGGGAUGACCUCACAGUUACCAACCCCAAGAGGAUUGCCCAGGCCGUUGAGAAGAAGGCCUGCAACUGUCUGCUGCUGAAGGUCAACCAGAUCGGCUCGGUGACUGAGUCCAUCCAGGCCUGCAAACUUGCUCAGUCUAAUGGCUGGGGAGUGAUGGUGAGCCACCGGUCUGGAGAGACAGAGGAUACAUUCAUAGCUGACCUCGUGGUGGGGCUCUGCACAGGACAGAUUAAGACUGGCGCCCCCUGCCGCUCUGAGCGUCUGGCUAAAUACAAUCAACUCAUGAGGAUUGAGGAGGCUCUUGGGGACAAGGCUGUCUUUGCUGGGAGGAAGUUCCGUAACCCAAAGGCCAAGUAAGAAGCUGGAAGCCCCACAAGACAGACCCAGGCCUUCCACUCCCUUCUUGAAAUAAACACUGGUGCCAAACAAGA